UCCAUAAAAGAAAAAUAAAAAAAUUUAAAUACCCUAAUUAGUAAACUGAAAUGUUAAUUAAUCGUAACAGAGUUGCCAAAGAAGGUGAGAAGACUUGACACAGCACAAACACGCCAACACCGCUUCCAUUGCUUUUCUCCUCUUCUCUUCUCCCUCACUCUGCCGAUACUUAGGGCAAAGAAUAUACACACACCUAUACAUACAGAUACGUACACUCCAGCCUCCACCAAUUCGUCGCCACUCUCUCUCGCUCUAGGAAUUUUCAGCUGCUUUCCGGCGGAGAAAAUUGUAGCCGAGUAUAACUUUUUUUUCGUAGGAUUUAAACCCGAUGGAGCUGCUCCGAUCGAACCUCUCCCGUGUUCGAAUUCCCGAGCCGACUAAUCGCAUAUACAAGGAUGAAUGCUGCAUAUCUUACGAUACUCCGAAAUCAGAAGGUGGAUUGUAUGUGGAUAUGAAUUCGUUUCUUGCAUUUGGCAAGGAAUUUGUGGAUUGGAACUAUGAGAAAACUGGAAACCCUGUGUAUCUGCACAUCAAAGCGACCAGGAAGCUGGUUCCUGAAGAUAGGCCAUCAAAGAAACCAACACUUCUAGCCAUAGGUAUUGAAGGAGGGUUUGAUAACAAUGAUCCAGAUUACGAACAGAGCUAUGAGAUCGUAAUUUUACCAGAUUAUGCCACCCUUCCUUUUCCAUCAGUGGAGCUGCCAGAAAAGGUCAGAUUAGCAGCUGAUGCUGUCAUUAUGAGCGUGGGUGCAGGGAAGAAAGAGCAAAUUGCUGCCUGGACCGCUGAUACCAAAAUCGUUAGUAAACAUGCUAUGGAAUUAAAGCAACUUGACAACGGGGUCAUUGUUCCUCCAUCUGGUUGGAAGUGUGAGAAGUGUGAUAAGAAUGAAAAUCUUUGGCUAAAUUUAACAGAUGGAUCAAUCCUAUGUGGUAGAAAAAAUUGGGAUGGAACUGGUGGGAAUGACCAUGCAGUUAACCAUUACAAUGUGUCAAGAUAUCCUCUGGCCGUAAAGCUAGGAACAAUAACUGCUGAUUUAGAAGCAGCAGACGUUUACUCUUAUGACGAGGAUGAAAGUGUUGUGGAUCCACUUCUAGCACAGCAUCUACAACAUUUCGGUAUUGACUUUUCAUCCUUGCAAAAGACCGAAAUGACAACCGCUGAGAGAGAACUUGAUCAAAACACCAAUUUUGACUGGAACCGUAUUCAAGAGAGCGGACAGGAAGUUGAGCCACUUUUCGGACCAGGCUACACAGGACUUGUAAAUCUUGGCAACAGUUGUUACUUGGCUGCAACUAUGCAAGUCAUGUUCUCCACACGGAGCUUCUGUUCACGAUACUAUUCGGAUCAAAGUUUGAAGGUGGCUUUUGAUACAGCUCCAGCUGAUCCAACUGUGGACCUAAACAUGCAACUAACCAAGCUAGCUCAUGGUUUGCUUUCUGGUAAAUAUUCCAUUCCCUCUACGAAGAAAGAUGAUGCAGAAGAUGCAGUACAGACUACGUUAACUGCUAAACAAGAAGGUGUUCCUCCUCAAAUGUUCAAGUCCGUAAUUGCUGCAAAGCAUCCUGAAUUUUCGACUAUGAGACAACAGGAUGCUCUAGAGUUCUUCCUGCAUCUUAUUGACCAAGUCGAGCGAGUCAAUACGGGGAACCCAAUAUUUGAUCCUUCAAGGAGCUUCAAGUUUGGCAUUGAAGAGAGAUUGCAAUGUCCCUCGGGAAAAGUUGCUUACAACAAAAGAUACGACUAUAUUCUUUCUCUAAGCAUUCCACUGCACAGAGCUACAAACAAAAAGGAAUUAGAAGAUUUCCAGAAAUUGAAAGCUGAGAAGGAUGCAAAGGGAGAAGAACUGUCUUCUAAUGAAAUUGUACGCCCAAGAGUACCAUUGAUGGAUUGUUUGGAAUGCUUUUCUGCUCCAGAGGAGUUGCAUGAUUUUUACAGUACUGCAUUAGACGCCAAAACUACUGCAACUAAAACGGCAGGUUUGACUUCAUUUCCUGAUUACCUGGUAUUGCACAUGAGGAAAUUUGUCCUGGAGGAGGGUUGGGUCCCUAAAAAACUUGAUGUCUAUAUUGAUGUUCCUGAUACCAUAGACAUCAGUAACAUGCGAAGCAAAGGUCUUCAACGAGGGGAGGAAUUGUUACCUGAUUCUGCUGUUGAGGACGUCGGAAUAAAUGCCAACGAAGACAUUGUUAACCAACUUGUGUCAAUGGGAUUUCAGUAUCUUCAUUGUCAAAAGGCUGCCAUCAGUACAUCAAAUGUUGGACUCGAAGAAGCGAUGAAUUGGCUACUUAACCAUAUGAAUGAUCCAGACAUUGAUGAACCUAUUGCAAAAGCACAGAAGAGUGCUUCAUUCAUUGAUCCAUCAAAACUCGAAACUUUAAUAUCAUUUGGCUUUGACGAAGAUACUGCUCGGAAGGCUCUUCAGGCAUCGGAUGGUGAUAUUGAAAAAGCUACGGAAUGGAUAUUUAAUCCUCCUUCUGGUGUGUCAAAUAUGGAUACUACACCUAGUAGCAGUGGAAAUGCUGUCGAUGCAGCUCUACCUGAUGGACAAGGAAAAUACCGACUAAUUGGACUAGUGAGCCACAUAGGCACAUCUACCCACUGUGGGCAUUAUGUUGCACAUAUCUACAAAAACGGUAGGUGGGUGAUUUUCAAUGACGAUAAAGUUGGUGUUUCCAAGAAUCCACCACUCGACAUGGGGUACUUGUACUUCUUCGAGAGAAUUGACGCGUAAAUUGUUCAAGUACACACUAGGUUGAAAAACAUGCUUCAAGCGAAUUUUCUUGAACUUUUGUUGGCUGUUCGCCCUUUUUUUCUUGAAUGGCCCUUCGAAGUCUAUCUGGGCUUGAGGUGUGUAUAGAACUUCUUAUCGUAUUUCGAUCCUUCUGUAGUUGCAUACACACAUUCGGUUUUUUUGUUCGUGUUCUUCUCACUUCAAAGUGAUCUGUCUUUUUUUUGGAAAGAGUUGAUAUAUGGGGCUCUACAUAAACAGGAGGAUUUGUAGGAACUAUCAAAUAUGUUUACCCUUUUUCUCUUUCUUUUGAAUUGAAUAUGAAAGGCUGUUAAAA